GGAAAUGUGCCAAAAAAAUUUUUUGGCAGUAAUGUCCAUUUGUUGUUUUAUUUCAAGGGCAAGAUUUGUAUCUUGGACUUGAAAUCUUGUUCUAGGUAAUGAAUUUGUUGUUUAAAAUUUUUCAGUUUUUUUUAUUGAUCUAACCAAGGCAACCUUGUUUCUUUGUUUGUUGGCAGCAUAUGCUACAUAUAUUCCUGCGGUGUUGAAAACAGCACAUGAUUCCUUUUCAAUUAAAAUAAUAAAAAAAAGUUUUGCUUUUGUGUUGGUUGUUGGGUUUUUAGGACAAAGAGACCCAAAACCACAAUCCAAAGAUAAAAGGGCAGAAAACCAAUACAGCAAACCCUCUGUCCAGAACAGCAGCUGCAGGUGCACAAGAAACCAAAAGAAGAAAUGGGUCAUGACCAAGAGGAGGAGGAGACACCACCAGCAACCCCAACGACCACCGCCAGCACUGCCAGCAAUGACCAAGAAGAAGAAACUUGGAACCACCAGAAACAAACCCUCGUACUAGAGCUUUCUGAGAAGCUGAUAACUGGAGAUCUUCAGGCCAAGAUUGAAGCUGCUAGAGAUAUAAGAAAAGUUGUUAGAAAAUCAUCUGUCAAGACACGUUCAAAGUUUGCUGCUGCUGGGGUUAUUCAGCCUCUUGUUUUCAUGCUCUUGUCUUCUAAUCUUGAUGCACGUGAAGCUUCUCUUCUUGCUCUUCUCAACCUUGCUGUUAGAAAUGAAAGAAACAAGGUCAAUAUAGUGACAGCAGGGGCUGUCCCUCCGCUUGUAGAGCUUCUCAAAUUGCAAAACAGCGGUUUUAGAGAAUUAGCCACAGCAGCAAUAUUAACACUCUCAGCUGCUGCACCUAACAAGCCUACAAUUGCAGCAUCUGGAGCUGCACCCCUUCUGGUCCAAAUCCUUAGCUCUGGAAGUGUUCAGGGAAAAGUUGAUGCUGUCACUGCCUUGCACAACUUAUCGACCUGCAAAGAGAAUUCUGUUCCUGUUCUUGAUGCUAAAGCAGUUUCCCCACUUAUAAACCUCCUCAAACAAUGCAAGAAAUAUUCCAAGUUUGCUGAAAAAGCAACGGCCCUACUUGAGAUCCUUUCUAUAUCCGAAGAAGGGCGAGUUGCAAUCACUGAUUCAGAUGGUGGGAUCUUAACCUUGGUAGAGACGGUAGAAGAUGGCUCUCUUGUCAGCACACAGCAUGCUGUUGGAGCUUUGCUUUCUUUGUGCCAAAGCUGUCGAGAAAAAUACAGGGAACUCAUUCUUAAAGAAGGUGCAAUCCCGGGGCUUCUGCGACUGACUGUAGAAGGCACAAGCAUAGCUCAAGAAAGAGCUCGGACACUCUUGGAUUUGCUCAGAGAUACUCCUCGGGGAAAGAAAUUGGCUUCCUCGGUUCUAGAGAAAAUUGUUUACGAUAUUGCUACCCGUGUAGAUGGAGCAGAUAAAGCUGCUGAAACUGCCAAGAGGUUACUGGAAGAUAUGGUUCAAAGAAGUAUGGAACUAAGCAUAAAUCGCAUCCAACAUAGGGCUGCAUCUUGCACACCUGACAAAAUUCCUUCUGCUUGAUGCAUGCGUUCUGCCCAGCUAGCAAGUACACUAGUUAAAAUUUGUGUCCAUUCUAGAUUAACAUCCAAUAUAGUGGGAAUCAAUAGAGUAAAAUGUCAUGCAUUAGGGUUCACUAGGAGCUUUUACCUUUUGGAGAUGCUAUUUACUACCUCAUGGGUGUGUUGUACAUAUUGACCCUGAUCGCCAUCGUCCUUGUGUAUAUACAAAGAACCUUUCUGUUAUAAUACGUGUACAUUUCCACUGACGAAAUCAUAGGAGAGGCAGCACUGAAUUAAGGUUGUGACCAAAUACUUCUUUAACGAAAGUUCUUAUGUACUAUUGUUCGUUUUCUCUGAUUAUAUAAACUUAUUUCACUCUUUUCUCAUGUAUACCAAAUCAUUCGUUAUUAGUACAAGAGUUAGGCAGAAGAAGAUGUGUUGUAUCUGGCAUUAGUCAUGCAUUAAAAGAUUAUCAACAACAAAAAUUCAUGGUGAUUCAAACAAAAAGACCACUUAUGGUCAAGGUUUAACAACCUUGACUAUUGAGGCAAUCCCUUGUUGAGAUGCUGUUUGAUGAAUGCUUGAAACUAAAGAUAUUUCCAUUGCCAAAAAGGAAGAAAUUUAAACCCUCAGAUUCAUCUACAAUAGUCAACAGUGCUCAACUUGUCUCGGCACAAGGGUAGUGCACUAGUGCUACCUUUAGUGGGUCUCAAUGCUCCAAGUACGAGAUCAGAUGCGAGGCACCAACAUAAAUUUGGUGUGUUGAUUGAUGAUUUGUUGAGACAUUGUAUCUUAGGACUUUUGCAACCAAAUGUUGAUAAGUGAUGGUCCUGUCAGGAGACAUGAUUAUAUCCUCCACCCGCAUUUGGAUCACAAAUACCAGAAAAUCUGGUGUCCCCUCUUCCCUACUCAAAAGACUUUAUAAUUGGAAAGUAUGGGGGUUAAAAAACUCUUACAGGGGUUGAUCCAAAAAGCAAAGGCAUUGGUACAAAAAUUGAGUCUGCCCCAGUUGGAUUGCAGGUUUGACAUAAAGAAAAACCUUCGAGCAAUGGAACUUUGAAAAGCAGCUUCCACGUCUAAUCCCAUAAUGGCAGAAAUUACUGAAACAAAGACUGUUGAUUUAGAUGUUGAUGAUGUGAGUGUUACUGUGAUGUAAGUAACCAAUUUUAAGUGACGAAUGACAAAUGAUAGAUUAACCAAGUAGAAAAUAAUGGGAUGAAUUUUUGGGUUUUCAGUAUCUUCACUGUUUUUCUCUUUGUUUUAGCUUCAUCUUUAUAAAGGCAAGUCAAAUUCUCAAAUUGCUUGCUACAUUUUUACUGAAUUCUUGCAUUUUAGUAAUCUGGGUACUUUG